UGUCACUCGGCUCUUCUCCUGCACCAUUUGGGCAGAUCCACUCUACUCCAGCCUCUGAAAUCCAUCCACAUUUACAGAGUCUUUUGUGGAUUUGUUUGGCUCCUGAUGUCUCACCAGUUUUGACAAGGAGGUUCCAGAAACCCUUUGUGAUCACAGCUUACUUAUAACGCCAAAAGACAGCGCUGAUGGUUUUGGAGCUCAACAAACCAACAGUUCUGACAUGUUCUCUUCAGUGAUUUCCAGGCAGCACACCCAAAAACUGCAUUCUCCUUUUGCGCUUCCAUUUUUCCAGAGCAAAGUGGACUAACUGAACAACAAAAAUGGAGCCUUAAUUGAGCAAGAAUUCCACUUCAGCUCCUUUUGGGCAAUCAGGGUGGGACAGCCUCACUGAGAGCCCCACGACAGACUGUUAUGUGAGGGUUGAUGUUUUUAGUAGUGUGUGUGAGAGAGCAGUGCAGCCUUGGAUCCAUCGUGGAACAACAGUCCGGCCGGACGCCCGGCCUACGGACCGGAGACGCUCCAAACCAGCAACUACUCUCUGGUGUUACUGAUUCAGCUCAGCCUGCUCUCCUUCGACCUCUUCGUCAACUCCUUCAGCGAGCUGCUGAGGAGUGAGCCGGCAGUCCAGCUGGUACUCUUCAUUAUGCAGGACAUUUCCAUCCUGUUCAAUCUGAUCAUCAUUCUGUUGAUGCUGUUUAACACCUACGUGUUCCAGAUUGGCCUGGUGGCCAUACUGCUGGAGCGGUUUAGAGGCCUGCUAAUACUCUCUGCUCUCUAUUUGACCUUCAGUAUCGUGCUGCAUUCCUGGCUUAUGAACCUGCGCUGGCUAAAUUUCAACAAAUUUAUUUGGACGGAUGGCCUUCAGGUGCUGUUUGUGGCCCAAAGAGUUGGUUCUGUGUUGUACUACUACUUUUACAAAAGGACCUCAGAGUACCUAGGAGAUCCCCGUCUCUAUGAGGACUCGCCGUGGCUGCGUGAAGUCUUUGUCCGGGCCAGACAGUGAUCAGAU